CUUAUGAUAACGUCAACAAAGUUCGAGUUGCUAUAAAGAAAAUCAGUCCUUUUGAGCAUCAGACGUACUGCCAGAGAACUCUGAGGGAGAUCAAGAUCCUACUGCGCUUCAGGCACGAGAAUAUUAUUGGAAUAAAUGACAUUAUCAGAGCUCCAACUAUUGAACAAAUGAAAGAUGUAUACAUUGUGCAAGAUCUUAUGGAGACAGAUCUUUACAAGCUCUUAAAGACUCAACACCUCAGCAACGACCACAUUUGUUAUUUCCUUUACCAGAUUCUGAGAGGGUUAAAAUAUAUCCAUUCAGCCAAUGUGCUUCAUCGUGACCUCAAACCUUCAAAUCUGCUGCUUAACACCACGUGUGAUCUCAAGAUUUGUGACUUUGGAUUGGCUCGUGUUGCAGAUCCUGAUCAUGACCACACAGGAUUCUUAACAGAGUAUGUGGCCACACGUUGGUACAGGGCUCCUGAAAUCAUGCUGAAUUCUAAGGGUUAUACCAAGUCUAUUGACAUCUGGUCAGUGGGCUGCAUUCUGGCAGAGAUGCUCUCCAACAGACCUAUCUUUCCAGGAAAACACUACCUUGACCAACUUAACCAUAUCCUUGGUAUACUUGGAUCCCCUUCCCAAGAAGAUUUGAAUUGUAUAAUAAAUUUAAAGGCCAGAAACUACUUGCUUUCCCUACCACACAAAAAUAAGGUACCAUGGAACAGGCUGUUCCCAAACGCUGACCCCAAAGCACUCGAUUUGUUGGAUAAAAUGCUGACCUUUAAUCCUCAUAAGCGGAUUGAAGUGGAGCAAGCUUUAGCCCAUCCAUAUCUGGAGCAAUAUUAUGAUCCAAGCGAUGAGCCUGUAGCUGAAGCACCCUUCAAGUUUGAUAUGGAGUUGGAUGACUUGCCGAAGGAAAAGCUGAAAGAACUGAUUUUUGAGGAAACUGCUAGAUUCCAGCCAGGACACCGAUCCUAAUUUGUGUGUAGGACAAGGACUUAAAGGACUGGGCAUGCUCAAACGUUGCUGUUCCUCUUCCCAGUUCUUUAUUGUUGGUCAUGUCUCGUGGCCUCUCUCAGCUUAUCCACUAACUCCUUUGAGCCAUUCAGGAGGGCGGUUCCUGGUAGUUUUGGCUUUUCAUGCUUUCAAUGAAUCUUUAAGGCUGAAGAAUUGUAAUUGACACUCCUCUGCAUAAUGCCCCUUGUUGACCUGUUGCAGUACUGUACUGUACGUGCACCUACUGCUGCCCGUGUUUUAACUGCUUGCUUUCUGGUUUGAAAGAUGCAGUGGUUCCUUUCACUCCUGGAUCAAUAUCCAAGAAGAUAAUUCAUUAACCUGUAAGACGUUUACACCAUGAACUAUGUUUUUCUGACUUUACCGAAGUCGCUGGCAUUUUUGUUUUUUUUUAAGAAAAGCUACUAUUCAGGGCACUUUAAGUCAGUGACAUCCCAGAUUUUUUUUUGCACGUCAUUUUUAACUAGAAAUGGUUGGUUGGCAUCCGGUGGAGUGUGUACCAUUGUGCUAUGGAUUGCAGCAUAAGUCAUGUUCAUGUUAAUCUUGCUUAUGCACUUGUUUGGGUGUCCUGUGCUGCACGUGCAGGUAUUCUAUACAGUGUAAGAGGCACAUAGGAACCCAACGUAACCGAAUUCAUCAUUUUUCCACGUAUUGACAAAAUUUGUACCUUUUUCUCCCCACUUUUUCUAAAAGAGAUCAUUUAAAGUUUGACCGUAUUGGAGACAUAGCACUCCCGAAGUUCAUCCCGAGUAGUGGUGUUUCUAUGAGCAGCGUGGCAUCCCCAGCCUCUGUUCCCCUGAGGUGGAAGGGUAGGAGACCCGCAAUGGCAUGAUGACCCCAUGGCCAGUGCUGCUCUCUGGGGAAGGCAGCCCUAUCUGGUGGCAAGCAAGAAACCAAAAUAUGAUGUUAAUAAACUCAGUCUACAUCCUGCAUACCAAUGAAGUGCUUCAGAUGAGGAUUGAUAGGUUUUACGUUUGAAUCUAAUCACUGACAUUCAGAAUUCUUGCAGAGAGGAACACUGCAUCUUUAAAUGAGAAAGUUUGAUUUUACUUUUGCUCCUACAGCAUGUCAGCAUCUCAAGUUCAUUUCUUGCAACCUACACUAUGGUGAUUUGUAAUCAAGCCUCCAUGAGCUCGUGACAUGAAGUACUGUUCUGUUGUCAAGUACUAUCAAACUUUUCUGAUAAUGCUGAGUUAGGACAACCAAACAAAGCUAGCACUAAAUAACGUUUAAAAUUGUAUAUCUUUUAAUGAUCUUUUCAAGUAUUUGUUACUGAAAUUGUAUAAUGUGGAGUUUACUAGGUGUUAUGUUCCAGUGCAGUGCCUCCUUUUCUUUCCCCACUGCUCUCUGUGGUGAGAAAUUUGCCUUGUUUAAAAUAAUUACUGUGCCCUCGCAUGACUGUUAAAGCUUUCUGUGCAAAGAUGAUUGUCUAAGUGCCACAUGCCUAUGAUUGAGAAAAAAAAAUAAUCUAUUGUUACCUCUGAGUUGUGUUCAACUGAAAUGCUAUUCAACAAAUAACUUAGGAAAAAUAGUUCUAUUUUUAGCUUUUCAUAUCUCUGCUGUCUUUUUCUCAUUUUAUUUUGGCAGCAGUGAAGAAUGGAUUGUAUAAAGACUGCUUGCUAAUAUUAACAAAAUGCACUUGUAAUUCCUGGAAAUAAAUUUAAAUCUUAUAUCUUCACAUUAACAUUAAGAAUUAGUUUUUGGUUUCCUCUUGGGUAAUGUCUUUGAAUGGAAAUCAGGUUCAAUUGCUACUGUAGUAUAUAAGGAUGCUGGCUGGUUAAUAACUCCAGGCUUCCUCAUACCAUUUAGUCUGCUCUUCAGAGAAAUUAGAAAGCCAUUAACUUAGACUUCAGUAGAUAAGGGUGCUUACAAGAUUCCAUUUCAAAAUUUUCUUUUUCUUCUAGUUUAAGUGUUAGUCUGCCAAAACUAAUUUUUAAUCAACAGGAGUUCAUCAUUAAAGGGCAUUUUCUAUUAGGAAAUUCCUGUGGUACAUAAAUCUCUGUUGCGGGGAACAAAUUCGGAGCAUUGUCAGGACGCUGCACAAGUGACCAUUGGAUCGUGGUGCGGAACCUAUGCUAAAAACACUUCUAUAGAAGAAAUAUGCACUUGACUGUUGAUACUAGUGUAGAAAUUUCUCUUGACCUUUCUACACAUCUUUACCAAAAUGCUUUUCUCACUCAGUUUUGAAAAGCUGAAAUAUUUCUAGAUUCUCUGCUACUUGUAUGAUCAUCAUUACAACAGGAAUCAUUUUUGGCAUGGUUGGAAAGAUGACUGUUACUGAAAUUAGUUUGUAACACCUCAGUUUUAAUUUAUUAAGGAAGAACUUUGGCAGCUUACUUCACCCUUCUCUUUCCCAAUUCUUUUUUUUAAUACUUUCUUUCAUUUUGGAUGUUUGGGGAGGUGUAGACUUACCCUUGUAUCCCAUCUCUCCGAGUGAGAAGCCGAGGGUUUGCUUUACCUAAUGUUUGGUGCUUUCGGGCUUUCUUACUUAGCUACUCUUGCUGAAUCCCACUGGCAUCCAUCAGGAUCCAUAACCACAUCCAUCAGUCUUUUACCGAAUUCAAUAAACAUUGGUGGGUUGAAUUUGUUGAUGUGUCACAUGCCAAAGCAUGAUUUGAUUUUUUUUUGUCAGAUUCUGAAAAUAGUUUAAAAGAAGGUGCCUCUAACAACACUGUGUUAGGUCAGUUAUUUCAUCAUUUUACACUGGGGUUUUUUCUUUAUGCAGUUUUUAUAUUUUAGAGCGGAGAACAUCAACUUUUAAUCCAAGUAGCAUGCAUAUUUCAUGGUAAAGAUGCUUUGGGAGUAAGGAAUGUAAACAGUUCACUGUCAAAAACAUUCCAACCUUACAGCUGAAGAAAAAUAUGCAAACCCAAAAUUCUCAUGGAUGCUUUGGCAAAUAAGUGUCUGCCUCUGCUGUCCUGCCUGUUGCCAGCCUCUUCCCCACCCCUGUGACAUGACACCAGAGCCUGGUUUGUGCCAGAGCUUGGGAGCAACACUGGUGACAUAACUGGGCAGUGGCCAAACCCGAGGAGCUGAGCAGGGCUUUCCUUGUGGAUGAGAGAAACUAAAACCUGUUGUUGCUGCCCACUGUAAUAUGCUACGAUAUAUUUAUACCAUGUCAAAGUUGUUUGCUGAGCAACUGUACUAUAGAUUUAAACUUUAUUAAUAUAUAUUUGCUUAUGUUAGUGUAGUUUAUAUAGUCCUUGGUUAUUGAUAAAUUUAUUGUGUUGUUACAGCACAGUGAUAUGGUAUAAAUAUAGGUCUCUACAUACACACCAUAUACUUAUGAAUUUGGUCCCUUGCAUAGUACUUUUAUAUUUGUACAGCAAUGUCUUCAAGCAAUCCCAGAUUUUAGGGGAAAUAUUUUUGUAAAUGCAGUGGUUUAAAUGAAAAAGUCCAAACAAUCCUUUUACUAAGUUUUAAAUACAUUUGUGGUUCAAAAUGGUUUAGUUAACAAUUGAAAUCAAGACACUAAAUUAGCGAAAAGUGCACAUUAGUAAAGUGAAGCUUACAGUGGUUUUUGUAGCAUGUGCUGUGAUCAAACCAAGUGACAAAUUGGCGGAAAUGUAAAAGUUGGAAUACAUGUGUAAAUCUAGAACAAACUUCUACAGGUUGCAGCUGGUUUACUUACUAUUGUUGCCUUUUCUCGUGUUGUAUCAGUGUAGAGCACUCUUGAAAUACUCAAACUGCUUUGUCUUUGCUUUGUACUGUUGGUGCCUUCUUAGUCAUGUACCCCACAAGUCCUGCAUAGCUAAUUUAGUUAAUGGUAAGUUUAAAAUAAAAAAGCAAAGGAAGAUUUUAUAAAAAAAAAAAAUCAUUUUCUGUAUGUUCUUAUUCAUUGUAACAAUUAAACAUUUAUAUUGUGACAGAUUUGUGAUUUGGUUAAUCUGUAUAGAUCAAUUGUAAGUAGCAAAGGUUUAUAUUUCGUCUUAUUCUUUUGAUGUUGUAAACGUUUGUGAUUUUCUUUUUUAAAUCAGGUAACUUAAUGUUCUGUUUUGUUUUUGGCAUCUGAAUCUUGUAAAAACAAAUGCAAAGAAAAUCAUUAAAUUGUGUCCCUGUAUUACCAAA